GAGAUUUUGGUUGGACACUGAAUAUUCUGAGUCUAUGAUAGAAUGCAUAAUUCAUUUUCUUGUGAAAAAAAUGACAGUGUAAAUUAUACUAGUUGAAGCAGGAACCAAAUGUUUAUCCCUGUUAUGUUUCCCCAGCAGUUUUCUCUAUAAAAUAUUAUGCGAGCAUAUGCACAAACUCAUGCAUCCAAAACACCACUGGUCCAAAUGUUGUAUGGAAAACAUUUAAGAGGUCAAAUGAAACUACGGAAGAAAGAAUGCUCUCUCCCCAACGCUGCCCUCCUUUGCAACCGCGAGAAUGGUGAACACCACCGAACAUCUUUCUCCCACAUUUUCUACUCUGAAACCUAUCUUCUCUGCUAACCUAGACCUGGGAUCGAAUCAUAGACUCGACGCCUCCUUAGUUUUCAAACCCUAUAUUCUCCAUUUAGACCCUCCGUUGCCUUGCACAGCCUCUUGCGAUGCCUGCGGCAAGCCAUCCUUGGCUCCCGGGUUCACUAAGUUCCACCAGCGACAGCGAGUGACUGAUUGAUUCUUAACCUAGUCGAUCAAUUCUCAACCUAGUUGAAUGACCAUUUAAUGAAGACUGACCAGUUAACAAAGACGAAUCUUCCCUGAAAAUCUUUCUUCUCGAAGACCCCGUGUUCGACCGUCAGGGGAAUCUCUCUCCCAGAAACCGAUCUUAGUACAGUUGUCAUACAAGAGCAUACAAGCAGAACAUCCCCAUACAGUCGCCUCACGCGAGCUUUCAAGCAGAACACCCCUUCCGCAGAUCAUGUUUGGUUUCCAGAGGCGAUCGGUGUACCCUUUUUCGGCCUGCCGAGAACUCUCGUCUGCGAUUCUGAUUCUCAGUAUUGGUGGACGAGUAUGAUCUGAUUAUUUCGUCUCGGCUUCAUUGGAGGUUUUAUUUUGGAAGAAUGGGGGCGGGGGACCAACGGCUUAUCAGGUAAGAAGCUGUUUGAGGGGGAGGUCAUUCAUUAGUGCAGAUAGAUCACAAAACCUCCCGUGCUAAUGGUCUUGAGCCCUCAGCUUCCAGGAUUUUGGAGUUCCCAGGGAGAAAGUUUUCAUAUAUUGCUCUAAAUAAAGAGGAAUUUAUUUGGAUUGUGAAGAUAUUGGGGAUAAUAUGUGAAGGAAAACAAGGUGUUGACGAACUUAACCGAGGAGGCUUAUACUUAAAUUGCGAUUCAAUGACAGAGGUAUAUUCCUUUGUAUAGAGAAGGGAAGCGCUGGAGGAAAAUGCAGCAUUUUAUGUGUUCCUGAGAGUAAGAACGGUGAAGGUUGGAGAAAUCUUUUUGAAGCAACUAAUGCAGCUUUCCUGUCAUCAUAACAAGCUUAUACUGAGUCCCAAGACAACCCUAGGAGAAAAAUGAGGAAGGUAGUGAGGGCAGAACUGAGACAGAAAUUAAAGAAGCAAGCCCAGAGGUAGAAGGGUUCAGGGAGCAUACUCAGAACAUUGCAAUCCCUAUGGAGAAGAUUGAGCAGCCUAUAGGCAGAAUUAGGGGGGAGAAGGGUGAUUCAGCUGAAAGGGAUGUAGUUCAGAGAACAUGCUUUUGCAAAGGAACACUUUAGAGGAUCACAUACAAAAAUAAGCUCAAUAGAAACAGGGCAGUACCUUUUUCGAAGCUGAUCCAAGUUGUAGUAAGAGGUUGUUUUCUGUUGAAUGUGAAGGUACUCAAAUAGAUGAUGAUGAUGAUGAGAGGUGUUCAGAAGUAGAUGAUGAUCUCAGCAGCUUUUGUGAUUCUGAUUCUGGCUUAUUAGUUAAUCAGCUGAGAAGUGGGAUAUAUAUGGGAGGAGAAGACAAUUGGGAAGAACUUGAUGGGGAUUUGUGCUUGAACAAAAGAAUGGAAGAGAUAAUAUGGAGUAAGAAACAAUCACUUACACAUCAUCUUACACAGGAAGAGAGGCCUUUACUGUCCUCUGAUAUCGAGCAAGUGUUAGAAGGUCUUGUUAAGCACAGGCCUUAUCAGAGUAAAACUUUGUUUGAUGAGGGGCUUUUGCACCUAGCUACUGAGCCUAUUCUUGAAAAGGUCGUUGUUGGUGUUAGUUCUCCAGGUGCCGGGAGAGGUAAGGAUGAGGAAACAGUGGAUCCAGUGGGCGAUCUGAAUUCUUCGGAACCUAGAAAAGGUUUGGAAUAAGUUAUUUAAUUAUUUUGGACAAAGCUGGGGUUUGUUCAAGAGCAGUGGACGUGUCUCGCCUAUAUCUUUUGUGCAGUUUGGAAGAAGAAAGGAAGGUAUUGCUUCAUGGAAUUGUGCUGUAUUUGCAGUGCUAUGGGGCUUGUGGAAGGAACGUAAUCUACGUAUUUUUUCAGGGAAGAAGAUUCCAUAUUGGUUGGUGUGGGAAAAAUGCUUUUUACGGCUUCUUUGUGGUGUGUGAGCAAUGGAAAUUUUAAGGGCAUGUGUUUGACAGAUGUUCAGCAGAGAUUUGAGUUUGCUGUAUCUUUUGUGUUUUCCUUUUUUUGUUUUGUUUUUUUCUGGGGAUUCUCAGAUUUCGUUAAGGAAAUGUCUUCUCUCCUGAUUGUACAUUCUUUCUUUAUCUAAUGAAAAUGACAGUGUAACAUAGAGGUCA